GAGCUGCUUCAUCAAAUUAUAUCCUGAGCUGGUUUUUUUCUGUGCCCAGAGGAGUUCUGGGGUGUUACCAGUGCCUUUAUGAAGGCAGUGAUGUUUUUAAAUGACGGGGAGGUGAGGCUCUAGCACAGGUUGCCCAGACAAGCUGUGGCUGCCCCAUCUCUGGGAGGUGCCCGGGGCAGGUGGGAUGUGGUCCUGGGCAGCCUGAGCUGGCGGGGAGCCAUGCUGUCCAAUAGCCAACUCCUGCAGCGUUCCAUCAGAGUUCCCUGCCGCAGCCACGACCGCACGGAGCUCUGCACUGAAAGCAUGCAAUGGCAGUCAUUGCGCUCUCACCCACUGAGCGGCGCAGCGCUCAACACAAUGCCCACCUAACAAGACGGCGCAUUCUGAUUGGCCGCGCCGCCGCCGCCAAGACGGCUCCUUCCGAUUGGCUGAGCCGUUGCCUGGGUGACGGCGGCUGGCGGCUAGCGACGGGCGCCAUGUCGGCGCGAACGCUGCCGCUGCUGUUCCUCAACCUGGGCGGAGAGAUGCUGUAUAUCCUGGACCAGCGGCUGCGCGCCCAGAGCAUCCCAGGCGAAAAGGCCCGAAAAGAUGAAUGGACAGAUGUGGACAGGAAACGAGUUAUGAAUGACAUCAUCACAACCAUGUUCAAUAAAAAAUUUAUGGAAGAGCUGUUUAAACCACAGGAACUCUAUUCCAAGAAAGCUCUGAGAACCGUGUAUGACCGGCUAGCUCAUGCUUCAAUCAUGAGACUGAACCAGGCCAGCAUGGAUAAGCUGUACGAUCUCAUGACUAUGGCUUUCAAGUACCAAGUCCUGCUGUGUCCCCGGCCCAAAGACAUCCUGCUGGUCACGUUCAAUCACCUGGAUGCCAUCAAAGAUUUCAUCUGUGAUGCCCCUGGCAUUCUGAACCAAGUGGAUGAAACUUUCCGACAGCUGAUCGAGAUGUACGGCUGUCUCUCUGCUGGUGAAUUUCAGCUGAUCAGGCAAACGCUCCUCAUUUUUUUUCAGGACAUGCACAUAAGGGUCUCUAUCUUUCUGAAGGAUAAAGUGCAGAACUCUAAUGGUCGCUUUGUGCUGCCAAUAUCAGGCCCUGUUCCUUGGGGUACAGAAGUACCAGGAGUUAUCAGGAUGUUUAAUUGCAAUGGAGAUGAAGUUAAAAGAACUGAGUUCACUACUGGUGGAAAUUAUGUCACUCCACAAAGGGAAGGAUCUUUUGAACUUUAUGGAGACAGAGUCCUCAAACUUGGAACAAAUAUGUACAGUGUUAGUCGGCCGGCAGAGACACACACGUCAGGAUCAUCCAAAACCUUGGCUUCCAGUGCAAAGGUUAAUGCUUUUCUGAUCCUGUCACUGGUAAAACUCAUGACCCUGGCAGCAAGGUGUGUCAGUAAGGUCUGCAGGUGGUCACACAUGGCAGAGGGGUUUCCUCUGGGCAGUUUCACCACACCCAUCAGACUUUACACUCUGUUUCCUCCAUCUCUUAAUAGCUGGGUCACUGGAUCAAGCAUACAUUGACCUUCUCCAACUCAUUCACUAGAUAGCUGCACUGUCUUCUCUUUUGUUUCCUUUCUCAUGUAACAGUAACAUCAUUUUAGUCUGUACUUUGGGGUACCUAUUUGUUUCUCUCCAAACCUCAGCAGUUCUCCAUGACCCUGUCUGAGUGAGGCUAUGUUUUCCUAACUAAUUGCAGACAUAAGCUGAUGAAGUGGUUUGCUGAAAUCUUGCUUCCUCUUUUUAAUUUCUUCAGAAAUCGGGAAGCUAGUUUUGCUGAUUUCACAGCUCUUUGAUUUAGCUGAAAAACUGUCUUGUCCUGGGUCUAGAAAUGCAAGCAAC